AGGUGACGUCAUGUGUCGGUUACUCUGAGUUGAAGAGUCGCUGCGAAGCACCCGGGUCUGCAGAACUGCGCGGUACCGGCGGACGAUAUAAAAAUGCCACGGGAAAUUAUCACGCUGCAGCUGGGGCAAUGCGGCAACCAGAUUGGCUUUGAGUUCUGGAAGCAGCUGUGUGCUGAGCAUGGCAUCAGCCCAGAGGGUAUAGUGGAGGAAUUUGCCACAGAAGGCACAGAUCGAAAAGAUGUCUUCUUCUAUCAGGCAGAUGAUGAACACUACAUCCCACGAGCAGUGCUACUGGACUUGGAGCCCCGUGUCAUUCACUCCAUCCUGAACUCUCCCUAUGCCAACCUGUACAACCCGGAGAAUAUCUAUCUGUCAGAGCACGGUGGGGGUGCUGGCAACAACUGGGCCAGUGGAUUCUCCCAGGGUGAAAAAAUCCACGAAGAUAUAUUUGACAUCAUCGACAGAGAGGCAGAUGGAAGUGACAGUUUGGAGGGUUUUGUUCUCUGUCACUCUAUUGCUGGUGGGACUGGGUCAGGCUUGGGCUCUUAUCUGCUGGAGAGAUUAAAUGACAGGUAUCCAAAGAAGUUGGUUCAGACCUAUUCAGUUUUUCCAAACCAGGAUGAAAUGAGUGAUGUUGUGGUCCAGCCUUACAACUCUCUAUUGACUUUGAAAAGGCUGACUCAGAAUGCAGACUGUGUGGUGGUGCUGGAUAACACAGCCCUGAAUCGGAUCGCCACAGACAGGCUUCAUAUUCAGAACCCCUCCUUCUCUCAGAUUAACCAGCUGGUGUCCACCAUCAUGUCUGCCAGCACCACCACUCUGCGAUACCCUGGGUACAUGAACAACGACCUGAUUGGUCUGAUCGCGUCUCUGAUCCCCACCCCACGCCUUCACUUCCUCAUGACUGGCUACACGCCUCUCACCACGGACCAGUCGGUUGCCAGUGUACGUAAAACCACAGUGCUGGAUGUGAUGAGGCGACUGCUGCAGCCCAAGAAUGUCAUGGUCUCCACCGGCAGGGACAGACAGACCAACCACUGUUACAUCUCCAUCCUCAACAUCAUCCAGGGAGAGGUGGACCCGACUCAGGUCCACAAGAGCUUGCAGCGAAUCAGAGAGAGGAAGCUGGCCAACUUUAUCCCGUGGGGGCCUGCCAGUAUCCAGGUGGCUUUGUCGAGGAAAUCUCCGUAUUUGUCUUCUGCUCACCGUGUCAGUGGACUCAUGAUGGCGAACCACACCAGCAUCUCCUCUCUGUUUGACAGAACGUGCCGGCAGUACGACAAACUGAGGAAGCGCGAGGCCUUCCUGGAGCAGUUCAGGAAGGAAGACAUUUUCAAGGACAAUUUUGACGAGCUGGACAACUCCCGGGAGGUCGUGCAGCAACUGAUUGACGAGUACAGUGCCGCCACACGCCCAGAUUACAUCUCCUGGGGUGCGCAGGGGCAGUGACCUCCCCGUCUACAGGGGGCGCACCAGGCAGGCAAGGGCAGCAUUUCAGUGGAGGAAUUGGAAGCCACCUAUCCAGAAGAAUUUCAUUCCGUGCCCCAUGUCCCAGUUUUGCUGUUUUAAUUAGAAGAUCACCAUUAUUCACUUGCUUAGGGAUAAAGUACUGUAUGUUGCCUGUCAAUGUGUUGCUAUUUACUGAACAGAAAAAGGGACUUUCUUUUACCAGCUUUAUUAGGAAGCCACUCUAAUGUACUGCGUUUUUUUUUUUUGUUUUGUUUUUGGUUUUUUUUUUAACAAUACUACUUCUGGACUAGUUAGGUUAACCAGGGAAUCUGGGAUUUCAGUUUUUCUUCAUCACAUUAUCUCUUGUCCCAAAAGAUAAGUUUGUGUUGCCUUAAAGGUGAAGUGACAGCUGUUUUCCAAUCCUAAAAUACUUUCAGUACCAUUUUAAUGCUGUGCCCUACUUCCCUAGUGGUGGAUUGUGUCUCUCUGUUAUCCCCUGCCUGUUACACAGUGAGGGGGAGGUGGAUGGAGUUCCAAUUGGAAAGGGACUCUGGCAAGAGACAACUGCUCUAUAGAGAACCUUAAACAUUUCAAAGUGAAUACAGUGUUUUAGAAAUGAAAACAUUCAACUGCGCAACAAAGUAGCAAGAAAAUCUGUAGUGUAACAAACUGUUUAAAACAUGUAGCUCGCUUUAAGAUGAAUGUAAAAACCAUGCAAUACUUCAAGCAGAAAGUAAGUUUGUGUGUUUAAACUGAAGCUUGUUAGUACAAGGCCCUAGUCAGGUUUAAAAAAAAAAAAAAAAAAAAAAAAGUUCUUAAGACAAGUGUUUGUUUUUUGGGGUUUGUUAUAUAUUCUUAAUCUUUGCCAUGACACUUAUGAUAGAAAUGUUUUUUUUUUUUUUACUGUUAUGUCUGUGUCAGCUGGUAUAACAUUUUCAUUAAAAGAAACUACGUAAACUGUUACUUGGAAGAUC